CAAGAUGCCAGCUGGAGCUCUCCUGUAUGAGUAAAGAAGAAACAACACAGUCAUAUUAAUAGAAGAGUCUUCAUUCCAGACACACUCAAGGAAUUAUGCUGGAGAAGUUCUGCAACUCUACUUUUUGGAAUUCCUCAUUCCUGGACAGUCCGGAGGCAGACCUGCCACUUUGUUUUGAGCAAACUGUUCUGGUGUGGAUUCCCUUGGGCUUCCUAUGGCUCCUGGCCCCCUGGCAGCUUCUCCAUGUGUAUAAAUCCAGGACCAAGAGAUCUUCUACUACCAAACUCUACCUUGCUAAGCAGGUAUUCGUUGGUUUUCUUCUUAUUCUGGCAGCUAUAGAACUGGCCCUUGUACUCUCAGAAGACUCUGGACAAGCCACAGUCCCUGCUGUUCGAUAUACCAACCCAGGCCUCUACCUAGGCACAUGGCUCCUGGUUUUGCUGAUCCAACACAGCAGACAAUGGUGUUUACAGAAGAAUUCCUGGUUCCUGUCGCUAUUCUGGAUUCUCUCCAUACUCUGUGGUACUUUCCAAUUUCAGACUCUAAUCCGGACACUCUUGAAGGGUGACAAUUCUAAUCUGGCCUACUCUUGCCUGUUCUUCAUCUCCUACGGAUUCCAGAUCCUGAUCCUGAUCUUUUCAGCAUUUUCAGAAAAUAAUGAGUCAUCAAAUAAUCCAUCAUCCACAGCUUCAUUCCUGAGUAGCAUUACCUACAGUUGGUAUGACAGCACUGUUCUGAAAGGCUACAAGCAACCUCUGACACUCGAAGAUGUAUGGGAAGUUAAUGAAGAGAUUAAAACCAAGGCACUAGUGAACAAGUUUGAAACACACAUGAAGAGCGAGCUGCAGAAAGCCAGGCGGGCACUCCAGAGACGGCAGCAGAAGCGCUCCCAGCAGAACUCUGGAGCCAGGCUGCCUGGCUUGAACAAGAAUCAGAGUCAAAGCCAAGAUGUCCUUGUCCUGGAAGAAGUUAAAAAGAAAAAAAAGAAGUCUGAAACCAAAGAAGAUGUUCCAAAAUCCUGGUUGAUCAAAGCCCUGUUCAAAACUUUCUACAUGGUGCUCCUGAAAUCAUUCCUGCUGAAGCUAAUCCAUGACGUCUUCAUAUUUGUGAGUCCUCAGCUGCUGAAAUGGCUGAUCUCCUUUGCAAAUGACCGUGACACAUAUUUGUGGACUGGAUAUCUCUGUGCAAUCCUCUUAUUUGCUGCGGCUCUUAUUCAGUCAUUCUGCCUUCAGAGUUAUUUCGAAUUGUGCUUCAAGCUGGGUAUGACUGUACGGACAACCAUCAUGGCUUCUGUAUAUAAGAAGGCAUUGACCCUAUCCAACUUGGCCAGGAAAAAGUACACCGUUGGAGAAACAGUGAACCUGAUGUCUGUGGAUGCUCAGAAGCUCAUGGAUGUGACCAACUUCAUCCACCAGCUGUGGUCAAGUGUUCUACAGAUUGUCUUAUCCAUCUUCUUCUUAUGGAGAGAGUUGGGACCCUCAGUGUUAGCAGGUGUUGGGGUGAUGGUGCUCGUAAUCCCAAUUAAUGGGAUACUGUCCACCAAGAGUAAGGCCAUUCAGGUCAAAAAUAUGAAUAAUAAAGACAAACGUUUAAGGAUCAUGAAUGAGAUUCUCAGUGGAAUAAAGAUCCUGAAAUAUUUUGCCUGGGAACCUUCAUUCAGAGACCAAGUUCACAACCUUCGGAAGAAAGAGCUUAAGAACCUGCUGGCCUUUAGUCAAAUACAGUGUGUGGUGGUAUUCAUCUUACACUUAACUCCAGUCCUGGUAUCUGUGAUCACAUUUUCUGUUUACGUCCUGGUGGAUAGCAGCAAUAUUUUGGAUGCACAAAAGGCCUUCACCUCCAUUACCGUCUUCAAUAUCCUGCGCUUUCCCCUGAGCACACUUCCCAUGAUGAUCACCUCCAUGCUCCAGGCCAGUGUUUCCACAGAGCGGCUGGAGAAGUACUUGGGUGGGGAUGACUUGGACACAUCUGCCAUUCGACAUGACUGCAGUUCUGACAAAGCUGUGCAGUUUUCAGAGGCCACCUUUACCUGGGAGCGUGAUUUGGAAGCCACAAUCCGAGAUGUGAACCUGGACAUUAUGCCAAGCCAACUUGUGGCUGUGGUGGGCACUGUUGGCUCUGGGAAAUCCUCCCUGAUAUCAGCCAUGCUGGGAGAAAUGGAAAAUGUCCACGGGCAUAUCACCAUCAAGGGCACCACUGCCUAUGUCCCACAGCAGUCCUGGAUUCAGAACGGCACCAUAAAGGACAACAUCCUUUUUGGAGCAGAGUUGGAUGAAAAGAGGUAUCAGCAAGUACUAGAGGCCUGUGCUCUCCUCCCGGACUUGGAAAUACUGCCUGGAGGAGAUUUGGCUGAGAUUGGAGAGAAGGGUAUAAAUCUCAGUGGGGGUCAGAAGCAGCGGAUCAGCCUGGCCAGAGCUACCUACCAAAAUUUAGACAUCUAUCUUUUAGAUGACCCCCUGUCUGCUGUGGAUGCCCAUGUAGGAAAGCAUAUUUUUAAUAAGGUCUUGGGCCCCAAUGGCCUGUUGAAAGGCAAGACUCGACUCUUGGUUACACAUAGUAUGCACUUUCUUCCUCACAUGGAUGAGAUUGUAGUCCUGGGGAAUGGCACAAUUGUAGAGAAAGGAUCCUACAGUGAUCUCUUGGCCAAAAAAGGAGAGUUUGCUAAGAAUCUGAAGACAUUUCUAAAACAUACAGGCCCUGAAGAGGAAGCCACGGUCCAUGAUGGCAGUGAAGAAGAAGACGAUGAUUAUGGGCUGAUAUCCAGUGUGGAAGAGAUCCCUGAAGAUGCAGCCUCCAUAAUCAUAAGAAGAGAGAACAGCUUUCAUCGAACACUUAGCCGCAGUUCUAGGUCCAGUGGAAGGCAUCUGAAGUCCCUGAAAAACUCCUUGAAAACUCGGAAUGUGAAGAGCCUGAAGGAAGAUGAAGAACUAGUGAAAGGACAAAAACUAAUUAAGAAGGAAUUCAUGGAAACUGGAAAGGUGAAGUUUUCCAUCUACCUGGCGUACCUACGAGCAAUAGGAUUGUUUUCGAUAUUCUUCACCAUCCUUAUGUUUGUGAUGAAUUCUGUGGCUUUUAUUGGAUCCAACAUCUGGCUCAGUGCUUGGACCAGUGACUCUAAAACUUUCAAUAGCACCAACUAUCCAGCAUCUCAGAGGGACAUGAGAGUUGGAGUCUACGGAGCUCUGGGAUUAAGCCAAGGUAUAUGUAUUUUCAUAGCACAUUUCUGGAGUGCCUAUGGUUUUAACCAUGCAUCAAAUAUCUUGCACAAGCAACUGCUGAACAACAUCCUUCGAGCACCCAUGAGAUUUUUUGACACAACACCCACAGGCCGGAUUGUGAACAGGUUUGCUGGCGAUAUUUCCACAGUGGAUGACACCCUGCCUAUGUCCCUGCGCAGCUGGAUUUUAUGCUUCCUGGGGAUAAUCAGCACCCUUGUCAUGAUCUGCAUGGCCACCCCCAUCUUCGCCAUCGUCAUCAUUCCUCUUGGCAUUAUUUAUGCAGCUGUUCAGAUGUUUUAUGUGUCUACCUCCCGCCAGCUGAGGCGUCUGGACUCUGUCACUAGGUCCCCAAUCUACUCUCACUUCAGCGAGACCGUGUCAGGUUUGCCAGUUAUCCGUGCCUUUGAGCACCAGCAGCGAUUUCUGAAACACAAUGAGAUGAGGACUGACACCAACCAGAAAUGUGUCUGUUCCUGGAUCAUCUCCAACAGGUGGCUUGCAAUUCGCCUGGAGCUGGUUGGGAACCUGAUUGUCUUCUUUUCGGCCUUGAUGAUGGUUAUUUAUAGAGAUACCAUAACCGGGGACACUGUUGGCUUUGUUCUGUCCAAUGCACUCAAUAUCACACAAACCCUGAACUGGCUAGUGAGGAUGACAUCAGAAAUAGAGACCAACAUUGUGGCUGUUGAGCGAAUAACUGAGUACACAAAAGUGGAAAAUGAGGCACCCUGGGUGACUGAUAAGAGGCCUCCACCAGAUUGGCCCAGCAAAGGCAACAUCCAGUUUAGCAACUACCAAGUGCGGUACCGACCUGAGCUGGAUCUGGUCCUCAAAGGGAUCACUUGUGACAUCAGUAGCAUGGAGAAGAUUGGUGUGGUGGGAAGGACAGGAGCUGGAAAGUCAUCCCUCACAAACUGCCUCUUCAGAAUCUUAGAGGCUGCUGGUGGUCAGAUCAUCAUUGAUGGAGUAGAUAUUGCUUCCAUUGGGCUCCACGACCUUCGAGAGAAGCUGACCAUUAUCCCCCAGGACCCCAUCCUGUUCUCUGGAAGCCUGAGGAUGAAUCUCGACCCUUUCAACAACUACUCAGAUGAGGAGAUUUGGAAGGCCCUGGAGCUGGCUCACCUCAAGUCUUUCGUGGCCGGCCUGCAACUUGGGUUAUCCCAUGAAGUAACAGAGGCCGGUGGCAACCUGAGCAUAGGCCAGAGGCAGCUGCUGUGCCUGGGCAGGGCUCUGCUUCGGAAAUCCAAGAUCCUGGUCCUUGAUGAGGCCACUGCUGCGGUGGAUCUAGAGACAGAUAACCUCAUUCAGACGACCAUCCAAAACGAGUUCGCCCACUGCACAGUGAUCACCAUUGCCCACAGGCUGCACACCAUCAUGGACUGCGACAAGAUAAUGGUCCUAGACAGUGGGAAGAUCGUAGAGUAUGGCAGCCCUGAAGAACUGCUGCAAACCCCUGGACCGUUUUAUUUGAUGGCCAAGGAAGCUGGCAUUGAGAAUGUGAACAGCACAGAAUUUUAGCAGCAGGCCCCAUGGGUUAGAAAAGGACUAUAAGAAUAAUUUCUUACUUUAUUUUUUGUGAAAUACAGAAUACAUACAAAAGUAUAUAUAAAAUGUACAUUUUAAAGAAGAAGGAUAAGUGAACACCCAUGAACGUACUAUCUGGAUGAAUAAAUAUCACCAGGUGCCUGAGAAA